AUGUCACAGUCGAACUAUAUGUCCAAUCAGUUUGGCAACCCCAACGAGGGGGUUGACCCGUCGGAGCUUAGUAUGCAGAACGGUGGAUUCAUGUCCUACCCAUUUACGUCGCAGCAGAACUUCAACUUUGGAAACUCGGGUAUUGAUACAGAUGAGUUGUUGGACCUGGAAAUCAACGGACAGAAUGGCAUGCAGCAGAACUUUCUCCAGGACCAGCAUUCGGGUGCCGGAAUUUCCAUGAGUCAUCCGGGGCAGAUGUCUCAGAUGUACUCCAACACGCCGGAUGGAGCUCCCAUGAACAGCCCGUUCAUGCACAGUUUUAACUAUGACCACUUUCGUUCCAUGAACCAAAACGGCCAACCCGGCUCUCAUCUGCAGAGUGGAUCCCAGUUCGAACAGAGUUAUCUGGCUUCUAAAGGCCGCCCGAGUUUGCAGGCAGUGGACCGCGCUUCACUCGAUGCGCGCAGUCCGAUGACUCCGAAGACCCCGGCCCUUGGUGCAUUGACCCUGGGAACCCCAGAAUCUGGAAGUUUUCCUACGCAGCCCAUCCGGACUGGCCUGCAGCAUCGCCACCAGAAGACACUGUCUAACCAAUGGGACGGUACGCCAGGAAGUGCUCAUUCUUUCGUGGAGUCCCCAAUCUCCUCCCCCGGCCACCCCCACCACGCGGGAAUCUCGGAGAUCCUCAAGUCUGGUAAACAUGCUUCCUUGCCGGCCAAGGUUGAUACGCACAUGCCAGGCAGUGCCCAGGACCUAGAAUCCCAAGAAGCCAAGCGACGCCGUCGGCGGGCCUCCCAUAACCUGGUCGAGCGCCGGCGACGGGACAACAUCAACGAGCGCAUCCAGGAUCUUUCCCACCUCGUUCCCCAGCAUCGCUUGGAGGAUGACAAAGUCCGGAAGCAGCUUGUCAACAACACAGCAAUGUCUGCCACUGGAGCCACCCCCAAUGCCGCGACGUCUUUGCUGGCUGGAGGCAAUGGUCGCCGGGCCACUGCGGGUAACAUUACGAUGGGUCUGCCAAUUGAGGAGAAAGAGAAGGGCCCGAACAAGGGCGACAUCCUGAACGGUGCCGUAGGCUGGAUGCGUGACCUAAUGUGGGCCCUACAUGUUAAGCUCCAGCAGGAAUCGGAGCUGGCUGAAAUCAUCAGCAACUUGGGUGGAACUUGGCCAUUCGAGCAGACCGAAGAAGAGAAGCGGAUGAGAACGGAGAUUCUCGAUGCUUUGGAGAAGAACGACCCUAGUUCGUUCACUUACAGCAGGGCACCCGGAAGCGGGCUACGAGUACCGAAACAUACGAACAUGGCAGGGGACUCUGUGGCUGGCAAUGGGGCUUUGAGCCCCCAGAGCCUGAGCCCCCCGUUCAACGGCAACGGCGGUAGCAACGGAGGCUCCGGGCAGGCUCAGUACUGGAGCAGCUCGGGUCAUGCGGGCAUGAGCUUCAAGGAGGAAGACGAGUAUGCGAUGGAGAUGAACUAG